AUGCUUAACCGUCGUUUCCAAUCUACCGUGUCCUCGAGUCUGAACAAGGGCACUGGAAUAGUGUUCAUGAAUAUGGGUGGUCCCUCCACUGUCAAGGAAACCUAUGACUUUUUAUUUCGUCUUUUCUCGGACGGAGAUUUAAUCCCGUUUGGCAGAUUUCAGAACAUCCUGGCCCGCUUCAUUGCAAGUAGAAGAACACCCAAAAUUGAAUCCUACUACAAAGCUAUCGGAGGUGGGUCUCCUAUCCGAAAGUGGUCUGAAUACCAGAGUUCUAAACUAUGUGAAAAAUUAGACAUUAUCAGUCCACAAUCGGCUCCUCAUAAGCCUUAUGUUGCCUUCAGAUACGCUAAUCCUCUCACUGAAGAUACUUUACAAAAGAUGAAAAAUGAUGGAAUUACUAAGGCCAUUGCCUUUUCUCAAUAUCCGCAAUUUAGUUAUUCAACCACCGGAUCAUCGAUUAACGAACUUUACAGGCAAUCGAAAAUUUUGGACCCUGAUCAAUCUAUUAAAUGGACAGUUAUAGAUCGCUGGCCUGACCACCCAGCCUUAGUUAAAACUUUCGCAGCUCAUAUCAAAGAUACUCUAAACAGAUUCAAAACUGAAAAUGGACUGACUGACACAAAAGACGUCGUCCUCCAAUUCAGUGCUCAUUCUUUACCAAUGGAUAUUGUCAAUAAAGGAGAUUCGUAUCCUGCAGAAGUCGCAGCGAGUGUCUUUGCCAUUAUGAAAGAACUUAACUUCUCAAAUCCUUAUAAAUUAACCUGGCAAUCACAGGUUGGCCCAAAGCCUUGGCUGGGUGCUCAAACUGAAAAAAUUACCAAGCAGCUAGCAUCCAGUGAUGUUCCUGGAGUCGUUUUGGUUCCUAUUGCCUUUACCUCUGAUCAUAUUGAAACUCUCCAUGAACUGGAUAUUGAACUGAUUCAAGAACUACCUAAUCCUUCAAAAGUAAAGCGAGUUGAAUCGUUGAACGGAGACCAAACUUUCAUUGACUCCUUGGCAGAACUAGUGAAGAGUCACAUUGAUUCGAAGGUUGUAUUUUCCAACCAGUUGCCAUUGGAUUCCAUGCUGGGAGUAGUGUCAGAUAAUUCCCUCACAGAUCCAAAAGAGUUUUUCAGAGCCCAUUGA